ACCUGGACCCUGAAGUUUGGAAUCGCACGUCUGUCGUGAUUAAUGAAGCAGUAGAGAUACCUGUGCAGGAGCGUCGGGACGCAGUGGAGACGAUGAAUGACCCCUCUUCCUAUCUGAUCAGGAGGGCCGCGCUGCAGAAGCUCGUGCUACUCUCUGCCACAGCGCCAACAGCGUCGACUGCUUCCGACCUGAAGAGACUGCAAAAAUCAUGCGGUUUGGUGGAAGAAAGGGCCAAUGGCUCCACUUCAGAGACAUCUGUUUCGAAAGUGCCGAUGAGAGUGCAAGAGCUUGAUGUGCUCCUCUCUCUUUGCAAUGCGGCACCCUUUCUGAGGAAGAAGGAGCAGGCUGAACGGCUCUUGCUCCAACUCUCGCCAUACUUCCUUGAUUGUCAGGCUCAAGCUAUCUCUCCGUCACCGUUUCUCCGUGAUAUUGAACCGUCUCCUUGGGAGGCGUUGGCGUUCCGCCUCACUUCAGCUCUUCUAUCUAUUGGUGCCGGUCAUGAAUCGCUACGUGAUUUGGUCCACGCGAGAAUACAGUCUUUCCUUGAAAAAUGCACCGAUUUGGCUGAGUCACUGGUAUCGGAGAAAAAUAGUGCAGAUGCGGAUAGUGCAGCCGAUGGAUCGCAAGCUCUCGAAAUCGUCAUUCUCGCCGUCUCAAUACUAGGAUUUCUUGAUGCUGCUGCCGCAAACGCCUCGUUCUGGUUGACUGAAGAAAGAAUUGAUUUGAUAGAGGCCUUCCGGGCCAUCUUGUCUGGAAAGUUCAUGGUCUCCCUGGAGAGAGCGCUGUCAAUUAUUCGGACCUCUCAUUCAGCCGUUCCCGGCGUGCGAGAUUGGAGACGUAAUUUGCGGCACUAUGCAGCUAUCGGAAGGCCGUUAGGAGCAAUGAUUCUUCAAUGGUCGUUCAUGAGAUUUACGAUGUCUCACGCCUCUCUAGCAGUCGCAGAGCCUCGGGUGCUUCGCACCAGCAAUGUGUUGGAUAUACUUCUGUCUGAUAAAGGAUUUUCUCUAAAAGACCAAGCAUUAAUCAGCAAGAACAAGGCAACUUUGCUAGCCGACAUAGCCCUAGACGAAAUGCAACUUCUGGAAGAUAAUUCGGAUUAUCUCCAGCUUGGAUCAGCAUGGCAACAGCGGCUUGCUUGUGCCGUCAAAUCAAGUGCUCUGACCAAUCUUACCAUUUGUCUCGUACUCGAUAGUGAGAGCGUUGAACUCGAGACCCUCCUAGGGUGGCUGGAGAACACCAUGGCUGAUCCGAUUCAGAUGGCGAAUGAGACGCUCGCAAGUGUUGUUCUCAAAUGUCUCACAAUUCUUGCAAAGCGUUUCCCUUUGGUUACUGCUAGUGCUACCCGCUCCUUACCGCGUUUCCUAGUUCAAGGGGCAGCGACAGAAGAGACAGUCACGGUGGCCGCUGCUUGUCUUGCAUCAAUAUUGCAGCUGGUUUCGCAUGAUUCGGUGAUCACUACGCUCUAUUCCUUAGGGAAUGUCCUUAGUUCAAGCAGAAAUGCUGACCUCAAUCUCAACAAACCCGCUAUGGUAAAUGGGGUAUCGAGAACAAAUCUCGAUAUGCCAUACACACAACAAGCUGCUGGCAGUUCCAUUUCGCUCACGAGCCAUACUGAUGACGACGUCAUUGCGGUAUAUGGCAAUGUCGUACAUGCCAUAGUAGAAAUUGCAAAUAGCUGCAAAGACGACAAAAUUACUGCUCUGGCACAGUCGAUGCUGAUUCAAAAGAUCGGGAAAGUGGACUCAACUGUGGACGCCCGGAUUAUUACGGAGGCCGCGAGGCUAGCCGUGAGUUGUGGGGCUUUAGAGUUCCGCUCUUUUCUCAAAUUGAUAUCGAAGUUGAGUCAUGACAGCAUUGUUCAAGGAAACCUUCCCAUUUCAAACGCUAUAUUAAAUGCGAGAAGCUAUCUCUCUACUACAAUCGAAGUAGAGUCUCAGUUUUUCGAGCCAUAUCUUCGUGAUCUGCUCGACGAAAUAGUUAGUAAAGGCGAUGUACACACCGGAAGUUCUCGUCAUGGAGAUGCUGAGCUUGCUGCGAGAGAGAUUUCUCAACUACUUCAGCCACUAUCUCUCUUAGUCUCUACCUACCCAACUUAUAAGGAGUCCGUUGGUGCAGAAGUUCUAGGGCUUUUCCGAGAGGCAUGGUUCAAUAUUGUUGUCCACGGAUUUAAUCUCACAUCAAAUCUCGGCAAAGAAUUUUUUAAAAAUCUUCAAGCCAUAGCUGCUCAUACUGGGCCGCUUGUUGCACAGGAGCGAGCAGAUCAGCUGGACAGUGAUAUAGAGCUCAAUACUGUCCUAAGACGUGGCAUGGAUAUCCGCCGCACAACGGAGCAAAGGCGAGAUCUCGCUGCUUUAUUGCCAAGCCGAGAAGCAGAUAUCAAAAAUUUAACCUAUCCCGAACUUAUCUUUCUGAGAUCUGCACAUCUGGUCGAGACUCUCAGAGCCAAUUCUGGAAGCUGUUCCCAGCUCCUCAUGUAUUUCCUCGACCCCGCACUCAAGUCCGGGCCAAUGGGCGCGUGCAUGGCUGCGAUUGUUGAAGACGUCUUAGGCAUCUAUCUCUCCAAAGCUCUAGCUGGUAAUCGACAGGAGCUAGCUGCGCCGUUUAUUGCAAAGCAGCUCGCGGAUUUCCUAGUUGGUUGCUGUCAUCGUAUGGAAAAGGUGCAGCAAGUGGCGCUGUCGUGCGUUGACCGAAUAAUACACGAAGCCCCUUCAGCCCUCUGCCAGAGAUCCUCUCUUUUUUCGCUCCUGGAAUUGCUUUCGAUCAUGUGGUAUAGCUGCCUCGAUGCGGAAACAGAGGAGUACGAAUGGCGUUCUCACUUCUCCUCAGCCAAAGGGAAUGUUGCGGUGGAGCUCUCGGACAACUAUUCUCUCAGAAGGUCGACGCUAAAUCAUUUAUAUAAGCGGGCGAAGUCGUGGGUCAUGAGAGUGAUCAACAUCGCGCCGUUAGAUGUGAAAGGAUUACUGCAGAGCUAUCUCUCUGAAUAUGAUGAUGAUGGGGCGUACGGCCAUAUCUCUCUAGGUAGAUCAUUUGCCGCUGAGAUGGGCUCUGCCCUUCCGACAGCCGAUCAGAGAUUGGGGGCAAUCGAUCGAGACGGCGAAGAUUGGAACAUCAACACGGCUUCUGACUUCAUUUCUCAGUAUACGUCUAGGCAGGAAUACAGAUACGCAGAGCCGCUUCAGGGCCAUGACGCAGAAUGGCUCAAGUUCAUUCAACGAGAUCGGCAAGGCGGUAUCGUGAGUCACCACGGUCACGGGAAAGGCCUUGAAGACGCUGUAUCUCUGCUUGCAGGCAUUCAGACGCGGAUUACAGACGGAAAAUUUGUCUCUAUUGGCGAGCUUCGUGAUGCAUUGAGACGAGCCGCUGCUGUCCUUUGCAAUACUAAAGAUGACCAGAGCGCUGUUGUGCACUACCUUGUCAACAUCCCAUUCCUGUUGUUCUCGAAACAAUCCAUCAAACUCGGAAUUUCUAUCUGGAUGGGAGUAAUCAACGAAAAUGCUCGAAUGGAGCCAAGGAUUCUGACAGAGAUAGCAUCAUGCUGGGAGGCGAGUGUGAGAAAGAAGCAGGGCUUUUUCAAUGAUCGAUUCCACCACCUUGAUCCGUUUUACAUCAAAGAAGAGUUCGCUCCAUCGGAUCGGGAAGCAACGUCAAAACGCCAACAGGCAGCUCAUAACAUCAUCGCACCACAUUUUCGCGUGCUGCAAUUCCUUGCUAGUCAUUUCAACGCCAAUAGGCUUGGAAGUCCUCAGAUCAGAAGGAUAUUUCAUCGCAUUGUCAGAGUCACUUUGAAUGGCAUCGUACAUGCUACCAACCAUCCUCUCGCUCGGGAAAUGCAUUUUCAGAUCAUACUUUUUGCCUUGGGCAUUCUCCGUCAUACUAAUGGGCUUGAUGCAGCCGAGCAGUGGAGAUUGAAGGAUCAAAUUCUUUGCGCAGCUCUCAGAUGGUUUUCCCAUCCCUCAAGUUGGUCAUUCGGCGGUAACAGGCUUCAGAUAAAGGCCGAGACUCAUCUUCUAGCAGAUGUAGAAGCAGCCUUGCGCAAUGUUGUCCACCUACCCUCGGGAACUAGUCUCAGCUUAAAGUCUCUGCAGUCCAAGCAAGAGCUGCUAGAGAUCCUUUUAGACAAUGAGCAGACGCGCCUCAUAGUCUGGCUCUUCCCGUUGGAUCAUGAACGUAGGCAUUACUUCUCAUCCCGAAAUCCCGCCAAAGCACCAGCUGAAAAUACCAUCACACCGCUGCUUAAGACCGCCUGGUCUGAGAGCACUGCAUUAGUGCUGCAGUUGGUCAAUCGUUUUUCGUUCCCAAAGUUGACCAACAACGCUCGAUGGUUAUUACUCAAUUUCCCCGAGAGAGCCCUUGACGAGGCGGACGCUCUUCAACUUCUUCUUGGGUCAUCUCUUCCGACUGAUGUCUCUUUUCAGCUAAAGUAUUUGCUUUAUUGGGCGCCGGUGAAUCCAAUCGCUGCUGUGACGUACUUCUUACCAGCCUAUGCAAAUCACCCAUAUGUACUACAGUAUGCCAUGAGGGCUCUUGAGAGCCAUUCUGUCGACGUAACAUUUUUCUACGUCCCGCAAAUCGUGCAAACACUCCGCUACGAUAUUCUUGGAUACGUCGAAAGAUAUAUCCUUGAGACUGCAAAGUUUUCCCAACUAUUUGCCCAUCAGAUCAUCUGGAACAUGAUGGCAAACGCCUACAAAGAUGAGGACUCUCAAAUACCCGAUCCGUUAAAGCCGACACUCGACACGGUUAUGGAGAAGUUAAUAGCUAGUUUUUCUGGCGACGACAAAGACUUCUACGAGCGGGAAUUUUCAUUUUUCAACGAAGUGACUGACAUUUCGGGGAAGCUGAGGCCGUAUAUUAAGCGCCCUAAGCCUGAAAAGAAGCAAAAGAUUGAAGAGGAGCUCCGAAAAAUUAAAGUGGAAGUGGGAGUGUAUCUUCCUAGUAACCCGGACGGUGCUGUGGUCGGGAUUGACCGAAAAUCAGGAAAGCCUUUGCAAAGCCAUGCAAAAGCCCCGUUCAUGGCAACGUUUCGGAUCAGAAAGAAUAAGAGCCACCUCGAGACCGCCGAUGUACUCAUAGAAGACGGCAAACACAAUAGACCAUCGGAGCAGGACACCUUUGAAAUAUGGCAAUCUGCAAUCUUCAAAGUGGGAGACGACUGUCGUCAAGAUAUUCUAGCUCUCCAAAUGAUUGCGACCUUUCGAGGCAUAUUCAAUAGCGUUGGUCUUGACGUCUUUGUGUUCCCAUAUCGAGUGACAGCAACUGCGCCGGGUUGUGGCGUGAUUGAUGUAUUGCCCAAUUCGAUCUCCAGGGAUAUGCUUGGGAGAGAAGCUGUCAAUGGGCUCUACGACUAUUUUGUCUCCAAGUACGGUGGCCCUGACUCCAUUCGAUUUCAAGAAGCGCGGAAAAACUUUGUCAAGAGUAUGGCCGCGUACUCAGUGAUCUCAUAUCUACUUCAAUUCAAAGAUCGUCAUAAUGGCAACAUUAUGGUAGACGAUGCCGGACACAUCUUGCACAUUGACUUUGGUUUUUGCUUCGAUAUCGCCCCUGGUGGCAUCAGAUUUGAACGCGCCCCAUUCAAAUUGACUUCAGAAAUGGUGGCCGUUAUGGGCGGCUCUACCGAGUCUCAGGCAUACCGGUGGUUCGAAGAGCUGUGCAUCAAAGCAUUUUUGGCUUCUCGUCCUUUUACUGACAAACUUGCUCACCUUGUUAUCCUCAUGUUGGACAGCGGGCUUCCUUGCUUCAAGCCUGAGACUAUCCAGCAUUUCAAAGAAAGAUUCGUGGUCGAGAAGAGUGAGCGGGAAGCUGCAGAAUUCAUGCGAGAUCUCAUCAAGAAGAGUUACAGCAGCUACUCGACCCGUGGCUACGACCAGUUCCAGCUCCUUACAAAUGGGAUUCCGUACUAAUCAGCAAUCUUCGUUAUUUAUACCCUUAUUCAGAUGGCUCCCAAACAUGUUUAUUUAAAGAUGUUUACGCCGAUUCUAAAGCGCAGCAGAGCAACUGUCUCCUGGCGAUGCGAACGCCCUAUAGGUCAUGGGAUUUCUGGAGGCAGGUCAGCCGGUCAAGACUACAGAUGUCCCCCACAAUACAGCUAUAGAUCACAUGAGACACAGAAAUCGAAAUAGAAGUAUAAAUUCGAGUGGGGAAAGAUUCAACUGCCCAG